UCUCUCCUUUGGGCUUGGCUCGAGAGCGCAGUUUGCCGCGGCGUCGCAGUCAUGGCCGGCCAGGCGUUCAGGAAGUUCCUUCCCCUCUUCGACCGGGUCCUGGUGGAGAGGAGCGCGGCCGAAACUGUGACCAAGGGAGGCAUCAUGCUUCCAGAGAAGUCGCAGGGGAAGGUGUUGCAGGCGACUGUGGUGGCCGUUGGAUCCGGCUCCAAAGGAAAGACUGGAGAGAUUCAACCAGUUAGUGUGAAAGUUGGAGAUAAAGUUCUUCUGCCAGAAUAUGGAGGCACCAAAGUGGUUCUAGAUGACAAGGAUUAUUUCUUAUUUCGAGAUGGCGAUAUUCUUGGAAAGUAUGUAGACUGAAAUCACUGUUCAAGUGGCAUCAUAUGAAGCUGCUUCAUUCCACUGAAGUUGAAAUCCUUCAUCAUGUAAAUAAUUUCCAUGUCUCUUUUAUAAUAAACUAGUGAUAUCCAAACUAAUAACAUCCAGUGUCUAAAAUAUUUCAAAUAAAAAUAUAUGAAUUCA